AUGCCGAGGGUGGAGUUUUCUCCGUGAGGAAACCGCUCGGGUUCAGUGGGGCAGGCCCGUGGUUCCGAGUUGAUCAGGAGAACACUAGGCCUCAGCAACUCUUCCCAGUUCCUCAGUGAAGCAGCAGGAGCUGGACACGGGCAGGGCCUCUUCACAGUUGUUUUCGCUGUUGCUGUCCCACUCUCUUGGAAAAUGGAAUGCAGCCUCGUUUAAAAAGUACCACAGCGGGGAAAGAACAGGAUGCAGACAGCUUUGUUCACCAGAAAGCUCUGAAGUCUACAGAAUCGAAUAUGAUACCUUUGGUGAGCUAAAGGUGCCAAAUGACAAAUACUAUGGAGCCCAGACAGUUAGAUCAAUGAUGAACUUUAAAAUCGGCGGGGUGUCUGAGCGGAUGCCAAUCCAAGUAAUAAAAGCCUUUGGCAUUCUGAAGCGAGCUGCUGCAGAAGUGAACGUGGAAUAUGGUUUGGAUCCAAAAAUUGCAGACAGCAUUAUAAAGGCAGCUGAUGAGGUGCUUGCUGGGAAAUUGGAUGAUCACUUUCCUCUGGUGAUAUGGCAAACUGGCUCUGGAACACAAACAAACAUGAAUGUGAAUGAAGUGAUCAGCAAUAGGGCAAUUCAGAUUCUCGGAGGUAAACUGGGCAGCAAGGAUCCUGUGCAUCCCAAUGAUCACGUCAACAAGAGUCAGAGUUCCAAUGAUACUUUCCCCACUGCCAUGCACAUUGCUGCUGCGAAGGAGGUCCAUGAAGUGCUGCUGCCUGGACUGCAGAAGCUACAUGAUGCACUUGAGAAGAAGGCCAAGGAGUUUGCCACUAUCAUUAAAAUUGGCCGGACUCAUACACAAGACGCUGUGCCUCUUUCGUUAGGCCAGGAGUUUAGUGGCUAUGUACAGCAGAUAAAAUAUAGUAUGGAACGGAUUAAGGCUGCACUGCCAAGAAUAUAUGAGUUAGCCGCUGGUGGGACUGCAGUGGGAACAGGAUUGAACACAAGAAUAGGGUUCGCGGAGAAGGUGGCUGCCAAAGUCUCAGAGCUCACAGGUUUACCAUUUGUGACUGCGCCUAAUAAGUUUGAAGCUCUUGCUGCACAUGACGCCUUGGUUGAGCUGAGUGGCGCCAUGAACGUUGUUGCCUGCAGUUUGAUGAAGGUGGCUAAUGACAUUCGUUUUCUGGGAUCUGGACCUCGCUCUGGCUUGGGUGAACUUACCUUGCCUGAAAAUGAGCCAGGAAGCAGCAUCAUGCCAGGUAAGGUAAACCCCACCCAGUGUGAAGCUAUUACCAUGGUCGCAGCACAGGUCAUGGGAAAUCAUGUUGCUGUUACUGUUGGCGGAAGUAAUGGCCACUUCGAGCUGAAUGUUUUCAAACCCAUGAUAAUCAAAAAUGUGCUUAAUUCAGCCCAACUGAUUGGAGAUUCAUGUGUAUCCUUCACAGACCACUGUGUGGUUGGAAUUCAGGCUAACACACAAAGAAUUGACAAGUUAAUGAAUGAAUCACUAAUGUUGGUGACAGCACUUAACCCACAUAUUGGUUAUGACAAAGCAGCAAAGAUUGCCAAGGCAGCCCACAAAGAAGGUACAACAUUAAAAGAGAUGGCAGUCAAGUUGGGAUACCUUACACCAGAGCAAUUUGAACAGUGGGUCAAACCAAGUGAAAUGCUUGGCCCCAAGUAAUAUUUAACAAUACUUAAGCUCUCAUUGGUCUACAGUAAUGGAAAAUAAACUUUAUUUUUGAAAACUG